GCUGAUUGGCUGUGUUGUUGCUCCGGAAGUGAGUUCGUGUUGUUUGUGUGUCGCCGUGUAAGUUAGCUUGAGUGGAGAUCGACGGAAUAAACAUGCGCUAAUCAUUAUAUUCCCUUAUAUAAGACACCCGAAAGGCGUUUUAAUAUGGAGGCGGAGGGUGUCGCGCGUGUCCGAGAUGAAGCUGUUCCUCCUCAGAACCAGGAUCUGAGUUUUCUGCUGCCUUCUGUUACAGCUCUCCUGUCAGACUAUAGCUGGUAUGUGGUGUUCGUGUGUGUGGGAGUGUAUCUGCUCAUCCAGCAUCUCCGCAAGAACAGAUCCACAGACAGUCAGAGCUCGUCUGUCUCAGCGGCCAGCCAAGACCCUGAAUCUGUGGUGAGGUCCCAGGCGGCUCUGGAGGCGUCCCGCCGGAGAAUGCAGGAGGAGCAGGAUGCCCGAGCGGCAGAGUUCAGAGAGAGGCAGCAGAGGCUCGAGGAGGAGAAGAGAAGACAGAAAAUCGAGAUCUGGGAAAGCAUGAAGGAGGGAAAGAGUUACAAGGGAAUUGCCAAAGUUGCACAAAACGCAGAAGAUGCCACUUCCUUCAGCUCGCUGAGACCGAAGACAGACAAAAAGCCCCUUCGCAACAGUGGAUACAGUCCUCUGUCUGGAGACGGAGGAGGAACGUGCUCCUGGAGACCCGGCAGGCGAGGGCCGUCCGCCGGUGGAUGAGGUUAAAGGACGGUCAGACUGACCUCUGACCCUCCGUAGGAACACAGAAAUAUUAUCUGAAGGAAGCUGUCAGCACUCAUCACAGGACAAUAGAAUUAUGGUUAUAUCAUAUAAGGGUCUUCAUGCACACUAUUAUUAUUUUUUGCAUUGACACACUCAUGUCAUUGCAAUCCUGUAUGCUGUUAUUUUUUUGAAUGCAGUAGUACUAUUAUAUGAAUUAGAAGACUUCUGAAUAUCGUAUAGUGCCCAGGUUGAUUGGAUAGUUUUCUAGUUCUUUUAUUAAUUUUUUGGUGCAUUUGCAGUCAGAAUGACAUGAGGGUUAGUCAAGAAUAACAAAAU